CAAGCAUUUAAACAACUAUUUCUAUCUUAUCUUUAUAAGGAAUUCAUUACUCUUCUAGCACAAUGCAUCUUUCAACGCUCAUGUUUACUCUUUUUGCUAUUGGCGUUAGCGCUAAUUACCGAUGCUAUUGCACGAACGGGGGCCAUUACAGAGAACAGGCUACAAGAGAGAUUUGUAGGCAAAUGACUGGUGCCACAAUGGUCUCUGUCCAUGGUGGUGAUGAGUGUCAACUUUCAAACCACGCGCCUUACAAGACUCAGUGGGAAAGAUUGUGUAAAGCUCAUAUGUCUGCGGAUGAUGGAAAGUGUCAAUGGGCGCAGUCAUACAAGGCAUAAUAGGACCAGGGCCGCCCCACGGGUGCCUGGCGGCUACCAGAUAGGAAAUAUGCACGCUGCACAGGAACACAUUAGACCUACACAGCAGAAG